AUGGUCGCAGCGUCGUCAGCUUCGCGGACUAAGUCCGUGAAGCGCGUGAAGAAAGGGACUGAGACCACGAAAAACCAUCGAUUCGAACCCUUCUCGCAGCGGGUCGCAAAGUUGAAGAUUGAUCCCAUCCACCGCGUGCGCCGUCCAAGUUUCGGAGAGGAAGGGGAUGAAACCUCGUCGUAUCUACGAUCCGCAUUCGAACACUGGACCGAGUUGAACUUGUCCGAAAACUUUGUCCAGUUCGCACGCCGACUGAAUCCGCUAUGCGAGUCUCUGGCCCAGAUCCUGUACCAUGAGGACAAGAUUAUGAAUCUGUUGGUGGAGUAUAUUGAGAAGAGGGACCACUUGUCGAUGGAACCGCUUCUCAGUCUGCUCGCUCAGUUUGCAAGGGACCUGGGUACGCGGUUCGAGAAGCAUUUUGCUACCGCUGUGACCCUCGUCGCAUCGGUGGCUGCUACCCAUCCGGAGGUGGAAGUUGUCGAAUGGAGCUUCACAUGUCUCGCUUGGAUCUUCAAGUUUUUGUCCCGAUUGUUGGUUCCCGACUUGAGGCAGCUCCUGGGCAUCAUGACUCCUUACCUGGGUAAGGAACGGCAGAAACCCUUCGUCGCUCGAUUCGCCGCCGAAUCCAUGUCCUUCCUUAUCCGAAAGGCGGGUCUGGUAUAUUACAAGAACAGCACCCCUCUGGAUCGUGCUGUGUCGUUCUUACUCGACGACCUCAGUCAGUCUGCCGCCGCGGCCAACAAUGUGGAUAUCUACAAGGAGGGACUCAUGGCGAUGUUCUCCGACGCUAUCAAGGGUGUUAAGUACGGGCUCCACUCCAACGGAACGGACAUCUUUGUUUGCCUGUUGAAACAUAUGUCCACAGAGGAUGAACUGCGGAGUAGUCUGGGAUUGGACGUCGUCAGUGGAGUUCUGGUCAACGUCAUGCAUGGUACCACGGCCGAUACAUUCGAAGCUAUUCUGGACACGGUAGUGGCUCACAUCAAAGCCAAUUGCCAGACCGACAACAAGUCGACCGCGACCGCAUGCUGCCGACUGAUCUUCCUAUGUGUCGCAACCCGCAAAGCAAGCCGAGUGAAAAACUGGAAGCCUGUGCACCAGUCCCUGCUUCUUUUACUCCAAAAGGCUGCUGCUGCGUCGUCCGUCUAUGCCGCAGGACUGCCGCAGCUUCUCACCGCGGUGGCUUAUGCGCUCCAACUUUCCCCCAUGGACGAGAUGCUACCUUUUAUGCGUUCCAUUAUGGAGACCACCACCAGUGAUAGCCUAUCACCAUACUUCCUCUCCUUCUGUGCGACAUUUGCUGAGUGGGGUGCGGAGAGGUUCCAUAGCGUUGUUCUUCCGUAUUUCCAGAAGUUUGUCAACAACUCCUGGCAGAAGUAUGAGCACGAGCUCUGCUUGACCAUCCUCCGCCUGAACCAGGCUGGCUGCAUAACAUCUGAGAGUGCUAAGCCUGGAUUUGUCGCUUGUCCGGCUCCCUGGAAGGCUCGCAUCAGGGACACGUUUAAAAAGGACCGCCCUGAUGACGCUGAAGUGGCCCUUCUUAAUGCAUAUUCCCGAUUCCCAGAUGCUGUGUCUUUAUCUACAGAACCCUCACUAAUCCCGGAUAUGACUGAGAGUCUCCAUAAGCAUGUGCUUCGUGCCUUGAAAAGCGACGAGUCGGAAUUGUCCAUUCAGACAACAUUUUUCCUCGGGCAAGGCUUCAAAACUUACGUCGACCUGGCUGGUGGCGAUGUUGACCCGAGUCUUUGGGAGCACAUUAUUGCAGUUGCGGCAAAGCAUUCGCGCCUGAAUGUUUUCCUGGACGCAAUCUUGGCUUAUCUCUCCGCGUGUUCGAGUAAACUCGACUUCAGCAAGUCAACAGUGGACGAAUUUGCCGAUGUUCUUAUUACCAAUCUUGCCGCCCCCUCUCAUAAACUGCGCUUGGUGUCUCUGAAGAUUUUGCGAGAGAUAGUCCUGGCUGCCGGAGACGAUGCUUCCCUUAUCUCCUUAGCUAUCGAGAUAGAAGAAAGCCCGCUCACCCUUCAAACCGCACGUGUCCUGUCGAUGCAGUUACGCAAACUGGCCAUAUCCUACCCUCAAGUGGUGUCGCGCAAGUAUUUGCCUAGGCUUAUUCCCAACUUUUGCUUUGGAUUGUUUUCAAAGAAGAUGGCCCCGUUGUGGGAUGACUCUGCUUCCGCACUGAAGUCAGUCAGUGAGCACUCCGAGGGAGAAAAGAUUGUCUCCGAUCUGGCCAUUCAGUGGCUCCACGAGAAAGGUUCAGCUCCUCCUGUCGAGGAUGCUGACAGCGACCCUAGCACGGACUCCUAUGUAUCUGGAGAAUUCCAGUGCUUCAAUGCCGCCAAGAUCCAGGGCUUGUGUGCCGCCAACUUCAAAAACUCUGAGCAGCCAGCGUUCGCUCUGACAAGGAACUUUGAGAAAGACCAUGCAUCCUCGGAGAUCAUCCCUCCUACGCCUAGAACUCACGCCUUGCGCGUUCUGAAUGCGGUCCCCAAUAUAGCCGAAAAGCGUUCUCGCCAAGUUGUUCCGUUCUUCCUCUCUUGGGCCCUUCGCGAUGACGAUGAUGGCCCCAGUGGUGCUCAACGCACAGAAGACUCUGAUACUUACAUCCCGUGGGGAUUCCAUGAUCGCUUGUCCUUCCUUGCUCUUCUGGGGCAGUUUAUCAAUCCAAGAGUCCUUUUCAAAGCCCCCGAGGUCCAUGAGGCUCUGCUUGGGCUGCUCUGUCACGGAAAUUCGGAAAUCCAAAAGUCUGCUCUGAAAGCGCUCUUCACUUGGAAGUCCCCGAGCAUCUCUCCCUACCAAGAAAAUCUCUUGAACAUCCUAGACGAGGCCCGAUUUAGGGACGAAUUAUCGGUGUUCGUGCGCGUUGGUGGAGAAGACAGUGUGAUCGAAGAGGGACACAGAGGCGAGCUUAUCCCUGUUCUCCUUCGUAUUCUGUAUGGUAGGAUGAUCUCCAAGGCUGGUGCAAGUUCGACCCAGGCCGGCCAGGCAGGUCGGAGGAAGGCCAUUCUCCGGACCCUGUCGCAGCUCCCAGAUCAGGAAUUUGGCAUCUUCAUGCAAAUUUCCUUCGGCCCCCUCAAAAAUAUUCAGAUCAUCACGGAUGGUCAGGCGGAUGACCAGGUGUUGUCUCAAGAACUGGCUAGCGCACGGCGACAGACUGGUUUGCUGAAUAUGAUUGAGACCGUCUUUGACACUCUGCAAACUCGGAUGAAACCAUACGCGCAAAGCUCCAUGGAUGUGGUCCUCUUCUGCCUUGUGCGGGCCUGUCGCGAACUGGAGAAACACCAGUCAACAGCGCCGGCGGAUACCCAAGCAGAGAAGUAUCUGACCAUACUGCGCAAUAUCCGGCAUACUUGCAUCAAGUGCCUUGAUCUCAUUUUCUCCAUCACGCCGGACCACGACUGGACGCCAUAUGUUCGUGUUCUGUUCACCGAAGUGAUCAAUCCCAGGCUCGAGAACUUCGCCACAGAAACAACUCAGGCUGUAUCUGGUUUGCUGCGAUUAUUCCACACCUGGGCUUCCGCUCCGAGGUCUUCUUUCUACCUCGUGCAGCAUAACGAUGCUGUCUUGACGAAGGUUUUGGACUGCUUGAGCAUUGAUUCCACUCGUGAUGAGGUCAAGAUUUUUGUCAUCGAUGAGAUCGUUGCACCUCUCGUUGGGCUUGCAACUGGAAAGGCACUUGAACAGCAGGAAGAGAUGAGUGACUUCUCCGCGGAAGAGAUCCGUUCGCAGGUUUUGGCGCCCUAUAUCGAGCACGCGCUCUCUCACUUUGGCUAUGUGCUGAAGCGUGGUCCCUCGCGCCCACUGCUGAAUUCUGGUGUUCAGACACUGUCCAUCCUGGCUCCAUGUGUUGAAUCUUCCAAGGAGACCACCAGCUUGGUCAGCAUUACAACCUACCUGCUUCGCCAACCUCCUGAUCGAGUGUCUCCUAAAACCAAAUCUGGCCUGCUACGGAUUCUGGAGCAUUUUCUGCCUUUGUGCGACCCGAAAGAAGAUCCUAAGCUGUUUCAAGAGGUUUUUGAGGCAGUAUCUUCUAUGUUCGAUUAUUUCAAGGACGAUGCCAAUCGGGAAGUAUUGGGAAGAGUCUUUGUUGCCUUCGCAAAGCAUGAUCCUGCGCUCACAGUCGUCGCUUCGCUCUGUGAAGACCUCAACUCCAUCUCAAGAAAGAAGCUCGAGGUGGACUAUGAACGCAGAUUGCAGGCCUUCCGGAAAAUCAAUGAGGAGCUCUGGGAGACACUAGACGCGAAGCAGUGGCGUCCUCUUCUCUACAAUAUGCUCUAUCAUGUGAAAGAUGAAGAGGAGUUGUCUAUUCGGUCGAGCGCUGCCUUCGGUUUGAAACGGUUCAUGGAGAGAGCUACACUGCCUGGUAAGGAUAACGACGAGUUUGAACCACUUGCAGCGGACGUUCUUUUCCCUGCCUUGCAAGCUGGAAUCAAACAGAAGUCGGAACUCAUCCGCAUGGAGUUCGUCUCGGCUCUCGGCUACUUCAUCAAGUUGAAUCCGAACAGAUCCACUGUCCAGGAUAUGCAUGGAUUGCUUGUGGGAGACGAUGAAGAGGCUUCCUUCUUCAACAAUGUCCUUCAUAUCCAGCAACAUCGACGACUCAGAGCCCUGCGUCGUUUGGCGAGCGAAGCUUCCAAAGGGAAGCUGCAGGCCUCCAAUAUCAGCACGAUCUUCAUUCCUCUCAACGAGCACUUCGUAUUUGACGAAGAAGCUGACGAGGCUACUCACAACUUGAUCGCAGAGGCCGUUGCGACCAUCGGUGCCUUGGCUGAGUCGCUGGAUUGGAGUCAGUUCCGAGCCAUUUUCCGCAGAUAUCGCGGUUACAUGCAGAGCAAACCAGAAAUGGAGAAGAAUGUCCUGAGGUUGCUGGGUAGAAUGUCCGAUGCACUGAGCACUGCGAUGGGUCAGAUAACUACGCCCAAGUCUACGACCGAAGAUGAGAUGGAGGUCGAGACUGCAGAGCCUGUCAAGUGCAAACUCGCCCAAACGAUACCGUCUACCGCCAAGGUCGCGACAGAGUUGACCACGAACUUCACGCCCUUCCUGACUGAUUUCAUCCAUCACAAGGACGAAGCGCAGAUGAGUCUGCGCUUGCCAGCCGCUGUGACAACGAUCAAGCUUCUGAAGCUUCUGCCUGAGGCUGAGAUGGCCAUUCGGCUGCCGCCCGUGCUUUUGGAUGUUUGUCACAUUCUAAAGAGCCGAGCGCAGGAUUCUCGAGACACUGCUCGGAAGACGUUGAACGACAUUGCGCUUCUCCUGGGUCCCGUGUAUUUCGGAUAUAUCCUCAAAGAACUGCGGAGUACCCUUACCAAGGGUUACCAGCUCCACGUUCUUUCCUUUACCGUGCACUCCAUGCUUGUGGUAACGACAGAUGCCUUCAAGCAAGGAGACCUCGAUUAUUGCCUUGGAGACCUCAGUGCAGUCAUCAUGGAUGACACUUUCGGUGUUGUGGGUCAAGAAAAGGAAGCGGAAGAGUACGUGAGCAAGAUGAAAGAAGUGAAGAGCAGCAAGAGUUACGACUCCAUGGAGCUGUUGGCCAAGAAUGCCACCAUUCCGAAUCUGUCAAACCUCAUUCAACCUAUACAAUCGCUUCUCCGCGAGAAACUCAACUCCAACAUUGUGAAAAAGGUUGACGAGCUCCUGCGGAGAAUUGGAGUAGGCCUGUUGAGAAACCCUGGCGCCGAGAGCCGGGACCUUCUCAUUUUCUGCUACGAAGUUAUCAAGGAGUCUUACAAGGAGCCGGAGCAGUACGAAAGGCGGAAUGCUGUAUCUGCUUGGGAAAAACGUUUUCUGGUGAAUCUUCACGGACAAAAGCGAGGCGAGAAACGGGGCACAACGUCAUCCUAUGUCUACAAGCUCACCCGGUUUGCCCUUGAUGUCCUACGCUCCGUGUUGAAUAAGCAUGAUUCUCUGAUGACUCCGGCUAACGUCGCCGGCUUCCUCCCUGUUAUUGGCGAUUCCCUCGUUCAGGCGCAGGAGGAGGUCAAGAUUUCAGCCCUCCGGCUGCUGUCGACCAUCAUCAAGCUUCCCUUGGCGGAAAUCGACAAUAACUCUCAUGUGUACCUCACCGAGGCAGUGAAAAUGGUCAAGGAAGCCCCGAGCACGAACACUGAGGCUGCGCAAGCGUCCUUGAAGUUAGUUGCGGCCAUGCUGCGGGAGAGAAAGAGCACGAAACUUCGCGACGGCCAUCUUGCCUAUCUUCUUCAGCGUCUGACUGCUGAUAUCGAAGAGCCUGACCGGCAGGGAGUGACGUUCAACUUCAUCCGAGCCGUCAUGUCCAGAAAGUUCGUGGUCCCGGAGAUGUACGAGCUGGUGGAUCAAAUUGCAAGUAUGAUGGUGACGAACCAGACUCGCUCUGCGCGUGAUCUGGCCCGCGGCGUCUACAUCCACUUCCUCAUCGAGUAUCCUCAGGCCAAAAACCGAUGGUCAAAGCAGCUUGCUUUCUUAGCAAAGAACCUCGAUUACAAACAUCAAGAAGGCCGGCAGUCAGUAAUGGAAGCCAUCCAUCUGCUGCUGUCAAAGACCGGACAGGAGCUCGCUCAGGAUAUCGUCGGCACGUUCUUCUUGCCGAUGGUCAUGGUCAUGGCGAACGACGACGCGCCUGAGUGUCGCGAAAUGGCGGGUGCUCUUCUGGGCGAAUUCUAUAACAGGGCAGACCGGGAGCAGAUGAAGACCAUUUUGACGCCUUUGCACUCAUGGCUCGAGCAGACGGACAACAUGCUAGUGUGCGGCAUCGGCCUGCAGGCUAUGCGAAUUUACUUCGAAGCGGCUGAGACCGAAAAGGAGAAAGAGGCGCGCUUCGUCAUUGGGGCGCUCCCGUCCAUCAUGCAGCCUAUCCUUGAUGACGAGGAGACAGAACACUGGCAGACGCUCUACUUUGCUCUUCAACUCUUUGGCAAGGUCUGCAAGGCCGUUCCUUCAAUCGGCCUGUCCAACGAGUGUGCCAAUAUCUGGACCGCGAUCCGCGAGUGUCUGUUCUAUCACCAUACCUGGGUGAAGACGUGCGCCGCCAACCUCAUUGGCACAUGGCUGGCAGAUUUGGCCAAGACGAACGCUGCGAAUGGGUACAGUGCACUCCCGCUGGCUGGUUCUAAUGGGCUGGCGCUAGACAAGGAUGCCAUGUUACAGCUCAUUCGUGCAAGCUUGCGGUCUCUCCGCACGCCGGCUGUGAGCGAGGAGCUCGCCAUGCAGUCUGUGCGAAACAUCAUCUUCCUUGGCCGGUGCUGCGCGCAGAAUGGCCUCGAGUUUACUGGAACCAAGGAGGCCGAGCUGGACGAGGAUGCCAGCGACGAGGAUAUUGAAGAGGAGAAUGACAACGAAAACGGCGAACGCGGCCCGAACAAGACUGCCAUCCGGUAUAUCUUCGAGCAGGCGUCCUCGGUUCUUCGCCGCGAGCUUCUCACCACCCGGGCCAACUCUUUAAUUCCCAAGACUGCGUCUAUCGCUCUUCUCGCUGCCCUUUGUCGCCACCUUGAAGCCGAGCAGAUCCGCCAGGCCCUGUCCGCCAUCCUCAUCACCCUGCACCAUUUCACUGAUCCUUCUAUCCCUGCGCCUCGGUCUUCGGACGAGGCGUUCCGUGAGUCGUACAAGACUCUGGUCUCGAAUUGCCACGAGGUCCUUGAGCUGAUUCAGAAGAAACUGGGCACUUCCGAGUAUGUGAACCAGAUGGCGCGGGUGCAGGAGAUCGUCAAGGAACGACGAGAGGGACGGCGCGUGAAGAGACGCAUUGAAGCCGUUGCCGAGCCUGAGAAGUACGAACGUGAGAAGAAGAGACGGAAUGAUCGCAAGCGCGAGAAGCGAAAGGAGAGAGGCAUGGAGCACCGGGGAAAGAGACGUGGAUGGUAA